AUUGUAUCAAACUCAGACGCACAGUAGUGAGAGAAAAUUGCAAUUGAGAAAAGGCAGAGAUAGAGAGAGAUAAAAAGGAGGAGACAAAAUUUCAAACCCUAGAAUCUCUCCUCCUUUUAGUAGUGAGUAGCAGUCCCCAUCAAUGGCGACUUUUCUAUCAACCCACUGUCUAUAGUUUUUCUUCUUUCCCUUUUCUUUUCUAUAUUCAAAUGAACAAUCCCUCUCUCAGAGAGGAGGAGAAGGAAGUGGUGCCAUCCGAUAAUGGUGCUGGCUCUUCCAGACCUUCUUCCGAGAAGCCAAAAGCUCUUCCUCCUCCUUCUCCUAAUUCAGAAGGGGAGGGAGCAAUAGAGGUUGAGAAGAAGAAGCACGAGGGGCCUUCGACCGAGGAGGCAUCCAUGGCUGGUACGGUGUUCAGCAUCCAUCUUCAUCAGACGCCUUCGAACCUUCGACACAAGAUGAGCGUCCCUGAACUAUGUCGGAACUUUAGUGCUGUUGCUUGGUGCGGGAAAUUGAAUGUCAUUGCCUGUGCAUCCGAGACUUGUGCAAGGAUUCCAAGUUCUAAUGUAAAACCACCAUUUUGGAUACCUAUACAUAUAGUAAACCCAGAGCGACCAACUGAGCAUGCAGUAUUUGAUGUUCCUGCUGAUUCUCCUCGGGAUUCAGUUCAGUUUCUUGAAUGGUCUCCUAUAUCCUGCCCUCGUGCUUUACUGGUCGCUAACUUCCAAGGGAGAAUAACUAUUUGGACACAACCUUCUCAAGGUGCUGUCAAUCUUGUACGGGCUGUCAACUGUUGGCAUUGUGAGCAUGAGUGGAGGCAAGAUCUUGCAGUUGUUACAAAAUGGCUUUCGGGGAUGUCCCUGUACCGUUGGCCUCCUUCAAAUUCCAGUAAUUCGAGCUCAAAAAUGACUUUCGAGGAAAGGUUUCUUUCAUAUCAGCAACAAGCAUCCGCUAGGUGGCCCAAUUUCCUUUGUGUCUGCUCAGUGUUCUCAUCAGGCUCAGUGCAGCUUCACUGGUCGCAGUGCCCUCCUUUACAGGUUGACACAUCUCCUAAAUGGUUUUCAACGAGUAAAGCUGUGUUAGGAGCUGGGCCAAGCGGUAUAAUGGCAGCUGAUGCCAUCAUAACAGAAGCUGGUACCAUGCAUGUGGCAGGAGUUCCCAUCGUAAACCCAUCAACAGUGGUGGUUUGGGAGGUUACUCCUGGUCCAGGAAACAGUUUGCAGGCAACUACAAAAGCAAAUUCAGGCAAUGGAAUUCCCCCUUUUGUAAACCCUCCAUCAUGGACUGGUUUUGCUCCUUUGGCUGCAUAUUUGUUUAGUUGGCAAGAGUAUCUCGUAGCUGAGGGAAAGCAAUCACAGAAGCAGACUGAUCAAGAUAUGAAUCAAACUGUUUCACUUCAUUGUUCCCCUGUUUCAAAUUUUUCUGCGUAUGUAAGUCCUGAGGCUGCGUCUCAGGCUACAACCACAUGGGGUUCAGGCGUUACUGCAGUGGCAUUUGAUCCAGCACGAGGAGGAUCGGUCAUAGCUGUUGUGAUAAUUGAAGGGCAGUACAUGUCUCCUUACGACCCUGAUGAGGGACCGUCAAUCACCGGAUGGAGAGUACAGAUUUGGGAAUCUUCUCUGCAACCUGUUGUUCUUCAUCCACUUUUCGAGAAUUCUGCUUCUAAUUUUGGCGGUCAGCCUCCCAUGCAAACAGUCUGGCAAACAAAAGUCAAUAAAAGUAUUCCACCAAGGAGUGAUAUCAAAGGCCCCCAAACACCCCCAAUGACUGGAAAUUUGCCUGAUGAGCGAAAUUCAACUGAAACUGGUGCUUUGAAGGCAAACAUACUCAGUUUUGAUCCUUAUGAUCUGCCUAGUGAUGUUCGAAUACUAGCCCAAAUUGUAUUUUCUGGUCAUGGUGGAGAGGUAGCUGUUGCCUUUCUACUUGGCGAAGUGCGCUUAUUUUCAGGUGCAAACUUUUCACCUGUUGAUUACUAUAAUGUCAAUGUUGGUUCCACAAUUGCGGCACCCGCCUUCUCUUCAUCGAGCUGUUGCUUGGCAUCUGUUUGGCAUGACACGAGUAGAGACUGCACAGUUUUGAAGAUUAUCCGUGUUCUUCCUCCUGCUGUUCUUAGCAUCCAAGCGAAAGCCAAUUCUGCAACUUGGGAACGUGCUAUUGCAGACAGGCUUUGGUGGAGCCUUAUGGCUGGAGUUGAUUGGUGGGAUGCAGUUGGCUGUACACAGAGUGCGGCAGAGGAUGGGAUUGUGUACCUAAAUAGCGUGAUUGCAGUGUUGGAUUCCGACUUUCAUUCCCUACCAUCUAUUCAGCAUAGGCAGCAAUAUGGCACUGGCCUAGAUAGGAUAAAAUGCAGGCUCCUGGAAGGUACAGUUGCUCAAGAUGUCAGAGCACUUGUUCUGGAUAUGCAAGCGAGAUUGUUGCUUGACAUGCUAGGGAAGGGGAUUGAAUCGUCUCUAAUUAACCCUUCAGCACUAUUAUCCGAGCCAUGGCUGGCCUCUGGUGAAACAUUAUCCGGUCUUGGUGCUGAUGCAAUGGCUGUGGAACCACAACUGGUUCCAUGCAUCCAGGGAUAUGUUGAUGCUGUUCUUGAUCUGGCUUCACACUUUCUAACACGAUUGCGACGCUAUGCUAGCUUUUGUCGUACUUUAGCGAGCCAUGCAAAUGCAGGCAGUGCUCGAAGUAUGGUAGCAAGUCCCUCUCACAGUUCAGCUCAGACAACUAGUCAAGGAAGUCAAAGUGGCUCAUCAAAUACCACUGGAAGCACCCAAAUGCAAGCUUGGGUGCAAGGUGCUAUCGCCAAGAUUAGUAACACUAGUGAUGGAUCUUCCUCUCUGACGCCAAACCCCAUGGGUGGUCAUACUCCCUUCAUGCCAAUUAGUAUCAAUACAGGAACAUUUCCAGGAACACCUGCCGUUAGGCUUAUUGGGGAUUGCCAUUUUCUUCACAAAUUGUGCCAACUUUUACUCUUCUGUUUGUUCUUUAGACGACGACAGUGGCCUCGAGCUACUGGGCCCACACUGAGAAACCCUGAAACAAAUCCGCUUAAGCCUCAAACUGUUGCUGCUGGUGGUGGGAAGGGCUUGGAGGAGACGAACAAUGUAGGGGCCAGGCCUUCGGCACCAGUUUCGCUCAAACCAGAAGAGGGUCAAGCCAGCCGUGUUGGGCAAUUGAUUCCUGGGGCAAAAGGGCUUGAAGAAGUUUCUGGAGGUCGGCCUCUACGGUUAGGAUCGGGGAAUGCUGGUCAAGGGUACACAUCAGAGGAGGUCAAGGUUCUUUUUCUUGUAUUGGCUGAUCUUUGUAAGCGUACGGCAUCUCUUCCUCAUCCAUUGCCACAAUCUCAAGUUGGGGGGGCCAGCAACAUCAUUAUUCGCUUGCAUUAUAUUGAUGGAAACUAUACUGUCCUGCCUGAGGUUGUAGAGGCCUCCCUCGGCCCUCAUAUGCAGAAUUUACCCCGGCCAAGGGGUGCAGAUGCUGCUGGCUUGUUGCUCCGUGAGCUGGAGCUCCACCCACCUGCCGAAGAAUGGCACAAACGUAAUAUGUUUGGUGGACCAUGGUCCGAGUUGGAAGAGGAUCAAACACCAAGCCUGAGAAGCACCUCUUCAGUUGCCGAGCCUUGGGAGUUUGAUUCUUCACAAGAUUACGAUAGCUAUAAUGGUGUUCAGGGCCUUUGGCCAAGAAAACGAAGGUUAUCUGAGAGAGAUGCUGCUUUUGGCCUGAAAACCUCAGUGGGUCUCGGAGGUUAUCUUGGUUUGAUGGGAUCUCGAAGGGACGUAAUCAUGGCAGUGUGGAAAACAGGUCUUGAAGGCGUGUGGCAUAAGUGCAUAAGGUGCCUGCGUCAAACUUCGGCCUUAGCCCUUCCUGGCCCUACCAAUCCCCAGAGUGACCGAGAAGCAUGGUGGAUCAGCCGAUGGGCAUAUGGAUGCCCAAUGUGCGGUGGCCCAUGGGUCCGGGUGGUGUAGUUUCCCCUUUUUUUUUUUUUCUUUUUUUCUUUUUUUUUCUUGUUUUUUUUUGGUAAAUUCAGUGGGCAAUUUUGCCAUUAAUUGUAAUAUUUUUAGGCUGCUUCUGAUAAUUUAAGAGGUAACACUGUUUUUAUGCGAAUUUGAGUAACGAAAAUA